ACCCACGACGAGCCAAUAGAUGUGAGCGGGAGACUAUCUGGGCAGCAGGAGCCCACGUGCGACUCAGUCAGUCAGUGGAGUAGAUAGUUAGGAGUAGCCGGAUAGAAAUAUGAAGAUGGACUCUACCCAACAGUCAUCACCAAACAGCACGGACGAAAUCCCUAAUGACCCUGGGAAGAUGUUUAUCGGAGGCCUCUCGUGGCAGACGACUGCAGAGGGCCUACGGGAGUAUUUUGGGAAAUACGGCGAAAUCAAGGAAACAAUGGUGAUGAAAGAUCCCGCUACCAAGAGGUCCAGGGGAUUCGGCUUCGUAACAUACCGGGAUCCUGCUAGCGUAGAGAAGGUUUUAGCUAGCGGCCCUCAUGCUCUAGAUUCGAAAACGGUAGACCCUAAGGUGGCGUUCCCGCGGAAGGCACAACCGAAGAUGGUGACAAGAACCAAGAAGAUAUUCGUGGGAGGUUUAUCCGCCUCAACGACAAUCGAAGAUGUCAAGAACUACUUCUCCAAAUAUGGCGAUAUUGAAGACGCGAUGCUUAUGUUUGACAAGACAACCAACAGACAUAGAGGUUUUGGGUUCGUCACGUUUGAACAAGAGGAUGUAGUAGAAAAAAUUUGUGAAAUACAUUUCCAUGAAAUCAACCAGAAAAUGGUUGAAUGUAAAAAGGCCCAACCCAAAGAGGUUAUGUUGCCAACACAACUGGCCCGGGGGCGUGGCCUGGCUCGGGGAGCUUACGUGACUGAAGAAGGAGAGGUCGUAUGGGAAAUUCCCAAUGAUGUUGUCGGUCUGCCGGAGCUGUGUUACCUUCCGACCGGUUUCCCUGGGUUUGCGGCUGCAGCUGCGUACGGCCGUGGGUUCCCUGCCUUCAGCCCAGCGGGGUACUACUACCCCGGGAUGACUACAGGAAUGAACACUACAGCCGCUGCUCUGAGUCUUGGUCCAACGGGCGUGGCACGUAGCGCGCCUACAUCCCGUAGUUCUGUGACUGCUUGUGUCUCCCCUGACUCAUAUCUUGGUGCAAUAACCGGUAGAUCACCGGGCUUCCCUGGUUAUGGCUACUUGCCUGUCCCCGCCACCCCUGGUGAGCGAACCACCUCCCCGGCCAUUUAUGCUGACUUUGGUGCUGGCCCCCCCAGUCAGCUGACUGCGGCCGGCAUCCAACGGAGUGAGCCUUCGCCCAUUCCUAUAUCGAGCUCGCCCAUCCACCGUGACCCUGGGUCCCUGCAUCGUAAUUCUGGAAUAGCAGCGGCAACAGCUGCUAUGAUCAACAACUUUGGCGCCCAGGCGUUCCCGACGGCCACUUCGCCAAGCAGUCGCUCGUUUCCGCCGGCUAACAGCCCUGGACCUAUAGAUCUGUACACCUCCGGACAGGAGGCCCUGAGCUAUGUACAGGCCACCAGCCCCCAACCCUCGGCUUUUGGGCACAACAUUGCCGUCAGUCGGGGACCACUGAUCGCGGCAAGCUUCCAAAAUGGCUACCAUUGAGGUGUCACCCCUACCAGCCAAGCUUCGGAGGAUCCGUGCUGACUGGUCAGAAUUUUUGAGGUGAAAGACCCCAGUCUUCACCGGCUGCAACAACAUGUGGAUGAUGUCGCUACGACAACGACACUGUUGCCGAGGCCUGAUGCAACUCUCGUCACUAUGACGACUUGACUCUGAGGUCAUCCUAUACUAUUCAUGUCAUACGUAUUGUUCAUUGUCAUAAGUGGUAUUGUAAAUAUUUUUGCGUAAGGUUAAUGAUGUUGCCUCUGGUUUUCAUUGUGAAAUACCCAUUUUGGGGUCUUCUUAUUGGUUUAUUUUCAAAUUUUGACUUGUUUUUAACUCGUCUGACGUCCAUGUUAUAAAUGUUGUGUAGAUGUAGUUAGCUGUAGACAUUGUAGACAUAUUACCGAGCUCUGUCAUUCAUACGCUGACAUGGCUCGUGAUCUGAGCUCGUUCAUACAUACAUAUGCUGAUGUAGAUUAUCAGUUAACAUUUGUUUAAUUUGUUUUUAUACCAAUUUUUAUUGUGUUCAUGACAUUAAACCAAGAUCUUAUAUUUUCAUGGAUUUUUAAAAAGAAAUGUUAAUGUAUUUAUUUUGAGCAUUAGCAAGCUUGUUUCCCCCGAGAUGGCAUGGUCGGUCGAUUUAGAUUCGGCUGUUGUCAGACUCAGCUGCGAGUACUUCCCUAUGAAGUUAAUUGUUAACUAGGUAUAAACAACCUCUGCAAAUAAGGCCUACAGGCUUGCACAGUUAGAACGUAGACUAGGAAGGAAGUAUUUUCACCUCAAACAUUAUUUAGAUGUUUUUAAUUAGUAAGCUACGUUUUUGACAAAUUUACACUGAUAGCAAUACAUUUGUAUAAAGUUGUUAUGAUGAAACUGUUACUUGAUGUUGGUGGGCGUCGCCCUUGUUUAUGCAGUGUAUAUUAUAAUUUGGCAUGUUUAAUAUUAGAAUUUUACUCGAAUUGGCAGGUCCAUACUUAUACUAUUUUAGCGGUUGUUUUAAUGGUUGUUUACAAAUGUGGACAUAUUAUGUGAUUCUCAACCUUGAUGGCGUCGUCUCAGUUCAAUUUUACACUUCAUAGAUUUAUCUUCCUCCAUCGCUAUUUUGCUUUAUAAAUGUUUACAAUGUAGCUAUUUUUUGCCUUCGUUUAACAACCUAUUUUUUUAGAAAUCCCACCAUAUAAAUUCAUUACAAGAAGUUUUAUUUUUAUGACGUGACGUUUCACAACUGCAAAUGAAGUCGAAAUAUUUAUGAAAUGUUUUUCAACCACUUUGUCCAAAACCUGUGUUUUCAUCUUCCAUCGCUUGAAGUUCUGAACAAUCGAAGAUCAAUUAUUUCUCUACUUUUUUCCUGUUACCAUUUUUAACAAUGUUUAUUUUUCAUUUUAUUGUCAGAGUUUAUUUUUAUGGAAGGACAUUUUACUUAACUACCGAAAGUCUCCCUAUGUUGUUUUUGCCCUACUGGAGGAAGCCGUGUCUCGAAACUGCAUUCUAUUGCCGACUGCCAUUCCUGACAAACUCUCCCUGUCCACUGCCCUCAAACCGACACCAGCAAUUCCAUGCCUAGGGUUCACAGCCCUCAGUCUGGGACAUGAUAGUCCUCACCAAAGGACUUGAAAGUUCCAGUGGACACGGUGUCAUUUCUUGAGAGCCAAAGCUGUACAAUGUUACAUAAUCGGUUUGGUCAGUACAUGAUCCGAUGCGUGUGUUGUACAACCAGAGGAAGGUCGUUCAGUGAGGACAGGUGUGGUGUCCUGCCAACAGGUGUUGCAUGUUACCCGAUGACAGGUGUUGCAUACCACCUGGAAAGGAGCUGUUGCCACCAAUGACAAUUGGUGUUGCCACCUGGGGAUAUGUUUAAGGGAAUGGUAGGCAGGUAAAGGUGUACAGGGUAUUUAUCCCCCUCCCCUCACUGCGACUACAGCGGUCACGUCAUUGUUCCAGUCAACUGCGACUACCAUGGACGUCGUGCACCGCUGGUCCCACUGCUGCAGUCAUCUGUAUGGCAGGGACUACUGUGUAUGUGUGUAAUUAUUGCUUCUACUUAUAUGACCACUGUUUACUUGUUGGUUACCUCUGUACAGACCUGGAUGUUGUCAACGUCAACAGUAGCGUAGGUUUUGAUGUGGUUUUCACUGUUUUUGCACUAUUGUGUGUGUAAAUAACCUCAAGGUAGUUUGUAGCUCUAUGAUCUCUCCCACGAUUCGAAAAGUCUCUAUAAAUGUACAAAACUAAGCAACGAACAAGUUGAAAUAGUAGACAUUGACGUAAGAGGUCACUACAUAGUUAGCUCCCCUCUCUAGAUAAGCAAUGUUAGCACCUACAAGAUGGCUGCCGUCCGACUGCCAUCUUCCAAAUGGCAUCAUAUUCAUUGCGAUGUGGUUGUACGAGGAUGUAUGUGUGGAGCGUCCUUCCUACUCCAUUGUUAAGGAGAGUUGAAGAUGGAGGCGUUUGUUACAAGUAUUUUAUCUGGUUAGUCUAUGUUUAAUUUGUAAAUACUGAUUUUUACUGUUUUUACCGAAACUUCGGCAGCACCCCUGAUUGUCAUCUCUUGGUUGUUAUUUUUCGUAUAUUUAAAUGCCAUGGACAGAGCGGUCCAGUCUUUUCAAUUUGGACCUGUGCCGAGGUUGCCAUGACGACGGCCACAUUCCUCAGGAUCUGUAGUUCAAUAGUUAGUCGUUAGAGAGGCUCGUUAGCUUCGGUUGAAGAUCAGCGCAGUCAGGUCAUGCCGUCACUGAAGGUCAAGGUUAUGGUGAAGGUCAUUUGAUGACCUCAUCGUUUAUAGGCAUGUACAUUUGUAGACAUCUUACUCCCUGGCAUUGUAUUUUAGCAAAUAUAUUUAAAUUAUUGGCACAAAGUUUUAAUUAGCUUCGCCAUGACAUUGGUCAUACAGCCAUGUAUUCAUCUGAUACAUCGAAAUUUCUAUACCUCUUUGAGAUUUUAAAUUUAGAUCAUUAUUAAGCUUUUUUGGGUGGAAUAUCCGGGUGUACAUAUGUUGAUCAUUGACACAAGAAAAGCUAGCCAUUUUAGCAGAGUAGACAGUUUCAUGUUACCAAAAAUCUGUCUCUUUGUGUGUGUACUAGCUAGAAAGACAAGUAGCCACUCUCAGUACUAUCAUGGCCACGGGUUAAACGUAGACCGAAAUUAAUCUGUACAUUUUGAUCCGAGUAGAGUAGACGAUAGUAGAGGUGAUAUCCUUAUUGUUCAUGAACUAGAACAUGCAAUAGUUUCUGUUGGAUCAUUCUAAAUUAUUCCUUAUUGACUAUUGAGAGAUAUUUUAUUGAAAGGAUGUCAUUAUUUUGUAUUUAAUUCUACAGACCCCAUUACAUGACAUAUCAGUUUUCCAAAGUUGAAUUAGGUACCUUGUUAGCUAUAACAAAUUGUACUUACAGAUCUGAACAUAGCUAUACAUGUGUGGCAGUUCCCUAGAAACUGCCAUAAGUCAUCCGUCCCAAGUUGAUACGUAGCUAGUUACUAGGUAGGAAUUUGACAUUUUAACUUUUGAAACCAAAGUCUGCGAGUGAUGCAUUUCAGUGGCAAGUACAUCCAAAGAUGCACCUUCGUAUUGAUUAACAUGUGAUGUCAUUGAGAGGAUUAAUAAACACCAUUUUCGAUUACUGUGAAAAGACAUGGAGCAUAUUUAAUUGAGCGGACAUGUCACUUUUGAAAUUUCACUGAAAGACUGAUUAGUUCACCGAAGUGUACAUAUUCACUGCACCGAUGGAAAAGUUGCCCUCAGGUAGAAGUGCCAAUGACAGUCUUGUACGGAAUGCAUCACAAGGAUAUGUAGGAUAUACGCCAGCUCUGGCAUGAGGGGUAUGGAAUCUCAGUUGUCUCCCCUGAUCAAACUUCGUGUGAUCUGACAUCGCUGAUCUGUAGGCUAGCUCUAGGGAGAGGUCAAGGUCACACGACCGCGACCUGGAUCGCGUGUAUACAUAGGAUGUCUCGAUGACUUCUUACAGUGCUUCAUGUGUACAGAACUAAAGCGUGAGUCUGUAUAGAGGUUUUUCCUACUGUUAUUGUUAAUUUCAUGUUUUAGACAGAGUACAUGUCUUUGCAGCUAAUACAACCCUGUUAACUCCUGUUCAGGGUAUCUUGUUUUGUCUGGGGGAAAACAUUGGAGGAAAGAACAUAUUUAUGACUUUAUUUCCACCUUGUUGCUACUGCUCCUGUUCAGACUGGAGCAAAUAUUCAGUGUAUCCCAAACCACCAACGAUUAAACCACACGAUCUCCUGUUGAGGGCAACAACUCAGUUGUGUUAUCUACCUCUCAACUCAUUAACAUUAUUUGUAAAUAAGACAUGUUCUUGAUACACCAGCUAACUUGAGCAUGUAAAAACCACAGCUUGAAUAUGACAAGGGAAAUGUCCCAGUCCACUAGUUAGAAACUACACGAUAUAGUAUAGUAUGUACUGAGUUGUUUCCCUUGUGAUGUCAGUUAUCUCCCUUUAUAACCGUUAACUAUGAGGAAGGCUUGAUUGAUUUGGGGUUGUUGCCUUGAACAGGAUAUGUUUUGUUGUGUAAGCACAAUACCAUUGAUUAGCUUACAAGUGACUAGUUGAACUUAUUACCAGUGCAGUCAUGCUGGGGUGAUUGUAGCAAUUUUUUGUGUGAAAUAUACAAGUAUAUCAAAUGAUUGGAUGUAAAUAUUUUGAAUGUACUACGCAAUCAACUCAGUGCUAUUGAAGGGACCAGAGACAGCUGCUCACGAAACGGGUCAAACAAGUUUUAGCAUUUUAGAUUUUAAAUUGUUAUCUUGCACAAUGUAUGAAGUCUUCACAAUCAUGCAAUAAAAUUUGUUAUAAUCUUGAUAAUAGCAAUAAUUGGUGGGUAUCAGUGGACGUAACAGUUGUGAUACCACAGCGCCACCUGGCACUGCAUCCGUCAGUAGGUCAAGGUCACCCGUAGACAUGUGCUCUGUUUAUGUGAUUUGACCGACCUUGACCUUUAUGUGCUGACAUGUCAUGUCAUGCACAAGGCCUGGUCGGAAACUUGUUGUAGAUAUUGUCGGUGAACACUCAGUCCCCACACACACAUCCAUGUCAACAUCAUUGGAGGGCAUAAUAUCUCACUGUGAAGUUUUUGAGGGACUUGAUGCAUGUAGUGUACUAGAAAAUGAAAACAAACCAAAAGAGCAUGAUGGAAAAAAUGAUUAAACUGAAAACAUCAAUCCUAACAAUUUGAGCUUGAAAAUAUAUUACUCAACAUUUCUAAGGACCAAAAUAGUCAUCUUCAGUCAAAGGUGUGGUCGUUAGGGAAUGUUGAGUGGCAUAAUUUAAAUUAAAGAUUUUACGUGCAACAGUGCUCUGUAAGCCCAUCCAGAAUCUUUGGAAAUUGAUUGAUAAAACUUUGAAUGUAGUAUUUUGGUGUUGGGUGUGAGUGUGGAACACUGAUGAUUGUGAAUCGACGUAGACAUUCAGUUGUUAGGCUUAACUCACCUCUAGAUUCUCCAGCCUGUGUGAGACAUGGUGCUGUGGAUGUGGUAUGUAUGCCAGGACUAAGGUGUCGACUACAGAGACCCAGCAGUGUCGAUAAUGUUGCAGAAGCCAAGCGUCGGUCCUGACCCAACACACAUCCCCAGUCACCUGUCAUUGUUUAAUAUAAUCUAGCAACUAGGGUAAACCAUUAUCUUUGAACAAUAUUGACAAGUGCCAAAGACCAAGCUGACUUAAUAUUUUUUCGUGUAUGUUUAGCAAUAGGUAUAACACUUUCAUGUAGCUAGCAUCUGGCUCUACACAUCAGCUGAUGUUGUGCCCCCUCCCUCUCCCUCUACCUCCCCCCUCCCCAUGGUGAUAUAGGCCACUGACAUAUGUACACUUCUUGUCCAUCGUAACCCAUGUAUGUAUGUUUGACUGCCCAGCCGGCACAUUACAGGCCUGUGCCUCCUUGUUGUCGUCUGUGGCUCGUGUUUUGUGCACAAUUUUUUUCUGAAAUAAAAAUGGUUGAAUCUUUA